UCUUCGUACAUAUAUAUGGAAUGUGGGCACCCGCAAUGUCAGCCUUGCUCGCAAGUCAAGCUUAAUCGACCAGCUUUGCUGCAAAACGCGAAAUGGCUGCUGUCGACGGGACGAAGAAGACGCACAAAGGCGCGUCGCCCAUGGUGGUGCGACCGCUGGGCCACAUGGAACGAUACAUGGCGGCGCUCUAUACCCUCAAAGCCAUGUGUGCGACUGUCAUCAGCUGUCGAUACGUUGUCCCACAGGAGUUGCGACCAGCAUCUGAGCAUUCAGCACUGCAGCAGACCAUCAUCCGCGCGGUAGCCCAGACUACACUCAACCACCCGUUGAUGCAGGUUGGAAUCAUCAAGGAGUCAACCAAACAGCCGUACUGGGUGCGCCUGGACUCGAUCGACUUCGACAAGAUUACCGAGUGGCAUACCGUUCCCGCAGAGCAGGACUAUGCCACCGCCGUCGAAGACGUCCUCAAUGAGCAGAUUGACCGCCGGUUCGAGGAGAGGGAGACGCGACCUGGAUGGCGUCUCGUAGUCACCAGGACCCAGGGAGGAGAUUUCGUCGACGUGAUGUGGGCGUUCAACCACACCAUUGCCGACGGGAUGAGCGCCAAAAUCUUUCACGAGGAUCUCCUCAGCUUCCUCGACGACCCCACGCAAAAGCCGGACCGGCCUGUCAACCUCCACGGCAAUGUCCUCCUGCUCGGCCAGUCGACAGGCCCGUUCACGCCACCCCAGAACAAGCUGGCCAAUUUCUCAUCAAGUCCUGGAUUCGCCAUUCAAUCGGCAUGGGACGAGCUGAAGCCAUCGUUCAUGUCGAAGCCGACUUACACGCAGAAGCAGUGGGGUCCCUUCCAGACGAGUCCAACCACCACGAACCGCACGUCCAUCCUGAUCGACGCGGACAAGAGCAAACGCAUCGUCGCAGCCUGUCGGAAGAAUGGGGCCACGGUUACGAGCAUGCUCAACGGCAUCGUCUUUGCGUCGCUCUACCAUGAGUUGAAGGACAUGGAUGGCCAGCCUUCCCUCUCUGGAAGCACGGCCGUCGAUCAGCGACGAUUUCUGGGCUCCUCGGUCAACGGCGUCGAUCCGAAACGCAUGGUGAACAAUCUCGUCACCAUGGUCGCACACGAUUUCACGGAAGAGGACGUGCUCCGAAUCACCAAGAAUAUUGGCACGCAGGAUCCCUCGCAAGGCCUGGCCUACUUGGAGCCUGUGGUGUGGGAGGUUGCCGGGCUGACGCGCGGACACGUCCAGGAGCGUCUGGACAAGGGCUUCAAAGACGAUAUUAUGAGCCUGAUGGGCCUUGUCGGCGACUGGCGAAGCGAGGUGACCCGAUCCAUGAAGAAGCCCCGUCGGGAGUCAUGGCAGGUCACCAAUCUGGGUGUGAUCGACGGACAUGGUGGCUCAGCUGAGGGCGGGUGGCAUAUUAGCAGAGCCAUGUUCAGCCUCAGCGCGGAGCUCUGCCGGUCCUUGUUCAUCCUGUCCUGCUUCGGUGUCAAGGGAGGUGAGAUCUCGGUGGACAUCACUUGGCAGGAUGGCCUGAAUGAGCUGGUGCAGAGGGUGGGCGAGAGGUUGACGACCGAUACCUUGGGUUGGUGUAAUUGGCUUGCGGACGGUGAGUGGAAGGAGGAUGGCGGUUUGAAGCUGUUUAGACCAUAGACUGUUGAUGGUUUGUACGUUAAGGUACUGUCUCGUCGGCCAGGCCUUUUUUUUGCAGGCGGGUUCAUUGGCAUACGUUUUAUAAUCGGGCAAGGCGUUGGGUGGCGCAACUUUGCUGUCAAGUCGGGGCUGAGGUGACGAUGAGAUUCACCACGCGAGCUUGGCCGGAGGAUCUCAUGAAUUAGUCGAGGACUAGGGUUGAAAGUGCUUUUGUGAUUCGGAGAAAACAAUGCCAUUUCCAUAUUUGUAUAGAAAACCCUUUGGCUGCGUGUUUAAUGGAGGUUUUUGGUGCUCUUGUUGUUAUUUCCUGGGCGAUAUUGGAGCCCGCAUCCAGUCGACCAGGCAAAGAUGCAGGGUAGCUGAAACCGAAUACUGCGCAACGGCGUCCCCCCCGCCAACCAAGC